CCUCAUCCUCAUCCUCAUCCUCAGCGCCCUCCUAACUUCCUGUCCUCCGUCUUAGGGAAGACCCAAGGCGCGGGAAACUUUCUGUCCCGCGCCAAAAACCCGGAUUAGUUGACCCGCGAACGGAGCCAUGACGCGCCGUCCCCGCGGCGCGCCUCUGUCCCCGGGCGCGCGCGGGCUGUGACGCGCGCAGGAGCCCCGCGGGAGGACGCAUCCCCGUGGACAUGCAGAAGAGCGUGCGCUACAACGAGGGCCACGCGCUCCACCUGUCGCUGGUGGCGCGAAAGGAGGGCGCCAAGCGCGGCUUCCUGAGCAAGAAGAGCGCGGAGAACAGCCGCUGGACCGACAAGUUCUUCGCGCUCUUCCAGAACGUUCUCUUCUACUUCGAGGGCGAGCAGAGCGCGCGACCCUCGGGCAUGUACCUGCUGGAGGGCUGCACGUGCGAGCGCGCCCCCGCCGCCAAGGUGACGUCACUGAGCAGCAGAGAAACUCCCGACAAGCAGCAGCACUACUUCCUGGUUGUGUUCGGCCAUGACGGUCAGAAACCUCUUGAGCUGCGCACUGAGGAGGAGUCGGACUGUGCCGAGUGGGUGGAGUGCAUCCAGCAGGCCAGCUACUCUGACAUCAUCAUGGAGCGUGAGAUCCUCAUGCAGAAGUACAUCCACCUGGUCCAGAUCAUGGACUCUGAGAAGACGGCAGCCAAUCAGCUGCGCACUCAGCUGGAGGACCAGGACACGGAGAUCGAGAGGCUGAAGGCGGAGAUCGUGCUGCUGACCAGGACCAAGGAGCGCCUGCAGCCCAGCCACAACCACCAGGACGAGGAGGACCCGGACAUCAAGAAGAUCAAGAAGGUGCAGAGCUUCAUGCGCGGCUGGCUGUGCCGGCGCAAGUGGAAGAUCAUCGUGCAGGACUACAUCUGCUCGCCGCACGCCGAGAGCAUGAGGAAGAGGAACCAGAUCGUCUUCAACAUGGCGGAGGCGGAGACGGAGUACGUGCACCAGCUCUCCAUCCUGGUCAACUGCUUCCUGCGCCCGCUGCGCAUGGCCGCCAGCUCCAAGAAGCCGCCCAUAAGCCACGACGACGUCAGCAGCAUCUUCCUCAACAGCGAGACCAUCAUGUUCCUGCACGAGAUCUUCCACCAGGGCCUGGACGCCCGCAUGGCCAACUGGCCCACGCUGGUCCUAGCCGACCUCUUCGACAUCCUGCUGCCCAUGUUGAACAUCUACCAGGAGUUUGUGCGCAACCACCAGUACAGCCUGCAGGUCCUGGCCCACUGCAAGCAGAACCGAGACCUGGACAAGCUGCUCAAGCAGUACGAGUCCAACGCCGCCUGCGAGGGACGCAUGCUGGAGACCUUCCUCACCUACCCCAUGUUCCAGAUCCCUCGCUACAUCAUCACGCUGCACGAGCUGCUGGCCCACACGCCUCACGAGCACGUGGAGCGCAAGAGUCUGGACUUUGCCAAAUCCAAACUGGAGGAGCUGUCCAAGAUGAUGCACGACGAGGUGAGCGACACGGAGAACAUCCGUAAGAACCUGGCCAUCGAGAGGAUGAUCGUGGAAGGCUGCGACAUCCUGCUGGACACCAGCCAGACCUUCGUCCGACAAGGGUCUCUGGUCCAGCUGCCGUCCAGCAGCGAGCGAGGCGUGCUCAGCAAAGUCCGCCUGGGCUCGCUCUCCCUCAGGAAGGAAGGGGAGAGGCAGUGCUUCCUGUUCACCAAACACUUCCUGGUGUGCACCAGAACUUCUGGAGGGAAACUCCACCUCCUCAAGCAAGGAGGCGGAGCCUUGUCCCUCAUGGAGUCUACACUCAUCGAGGAGCUGGACGCCAGCGAUGAAGACUACAACGCGGCAGGUCAGGGCCUCAACCACCUGGAGUUUAAAAUCGUGGUGGAGCCCCCUGAUGGUCAGACCUUCUCCGUGGUCCUCCUGGCUCCUUCCCGCCAGGAGAAGGCGGCAUGGACCAGCGACAUCAGCCAGUGCGUGGACAACAUCCGCUGUAACGGCCUGAUGACCAGCGUCUUCGAGGAGAACUCCAAGGUUUCCGUGCCUCACAUGAUCAAGUCAGACACCCGCCUGCACAAGGACGACGUGGACAUCUGCUUCAGCAAGACGCUCAACUCCUGCAAGGUUCCUCAGAUCCGCUACGCCAGCGUGGAACGUCUGCUGGAGCGCCUGACCGACCUGCGCUUCCUGUCCAUCGACUUCCUCAACACCUUCCUGCACACCUACCGCAUCUUCACCAGCGCCGCCGUGGUCAUGGACAAGCUGGCCGGCAUCUACAAGAAGCCCUUCACCUCCAUACCUGUCAGGGUUGAGCAGCACUCAUGUGACCGCCUGUCCGUCAUGUCCCUCUGUCCCGACUACACCCUGAAGACCACCCAGCUGGCUCUGGAUCAGUCCAAGUCCCUAGAGAUCUUCUUCGCCACCAACCAGGGCUCGUGGGGGACGGACCCCCUCAACAACAAAUCCCCCAGACUGUGCCGCAAGUUCUCCUCGCCCCCCCCGCUCUCCAUCCCCUCCCGGACUUCCUCUCCCGUCCACUGCCGCAAACUGUCCCUCAGCUCGCCGGUCGGUGGCGCCAAGGCCCUGGACCUGGCUCCCACCCCGUCCUGCUCCCCGACGUUCACCCACUUCCCCGCCCUCCCUUCCCCGCCCCCCGGCUCCCCGCGCCCGCCCUCCGGGUUCACCUCCCCGCCGCCCACCGCCACGCGCUCCCCCGGCCUUCCCCACGCAUCCUCCCCGCCUCCUGUCUCCACCAAGGCCCCCCUGGACCUCAGUCGGGGUCCCAGCUCGCCCGAGCUCAGCCCGGGGCCCGGUGACGACUUCAGCCUGGAGCUCCCGCGCAUCGACGCCUUCUGCGGGAAACUGCGGCGCAGCAUCCGGCGAGCUGUCCUGGAGUCCGUGUCCCUGGACAAGUUCAUCCCAGAAGCUCCGCCCAGCAGCGAGUCGGGAGACGUCUCGCCGUGCCGCUCGCCGUCCACGCCCAGACACAUGCGAUACAGACCAGCGGGAGCCACUUCUUCGGGGGACAACUCUCGCUGUGCCAUGUCGCCCGCCUCCGCCUUCGCCAUCGCCACGGCGGCGGCGAGCCACAGCAGCUCCCAGGUUUUCAGCAGCUCCGACAAGUCCUGUGACAAGGAGUUUGUCAUCCGCCGGGCGGCCACCAACAGAGUCCUCAACGUGCUGCGUCACUGGGUCUCCAAGCACUCCCAGGACUUUGAGAGCAACAGCGAGCUGAAGGUGGGCGUGGUCAGCCUGCUGGAGGAGGUGCUGCGUGACCCCGACUUGCUGCCCCAGGAGAGGAAAGCCACCGCCAACAUCCUCAGUGCGCUUUCUCAAGAGGAGCAAGACGACGCUCAGCUGAAGAUCGAAGACAUUUUACAAAUGCUCAUAUUCAACGUUGUCACGGUGAUGAUGAUGAUGAUGAUGAUGAUGAUGGUGGAGCAGAAAAGUUGUCCACUUCUUCACUUCAUUGCGACGGAGAAUCCAAAGGCGGAGUGUUUUGAGUCGCUGUCAGCAAUGGAGCUGGCAGAGCAGAUCACCUUAUUGGACCACAUCGUCUUCCGUAGUAUUCCUUAUGAGGAGUUCCUGGGUCAAGGCUGGAUGAAGGUGGACAAGACGGAGAAGACUCCUUUCAUCAUGAAGACCAGCCAGCACUUCAACAAUAUGAGCAACCUGGUGGCCUCUCAGAUCAUGACCCAGGUGGAGGUGGGCUCUCGGGCCGGCGCCAUCGAGAAGUGGCUGGCGGUGGCCGACAUCUGCCGCUGCCUCAACAACUACAACGGCGUGCUGGAGAUCACCUCCGCCCUCAACCGCAGCGCCAUCUACCGGCUGAAGAAGACCUGGGCCAAAGUCUGCAAACAGACCAAGGCGCUGAUGGAGCGUCUGCAGAGGACCGUGUCGUCUGAGGGACGCUUCAAGAACCUGCGAGAGACGCUGAAAAACUGUAACCCCCCCUGCGUGCCCUACCUGGGCAUGUAUCUGACCGACCUGGCCUUCAUCGAGGAGGGAACGCCCAACUUCACGGAGGACGGCCUGGUCAACUUCUCCAAGAUGAGGAUGAUCUCCCACAUCAUCCGAGAGAUCCGUCAGUUCCAGCAAGCUCCUUACAGGCUGGAGCACCAGGCCAAGGUCACUCACUUCCUGCUGGACAAGACGCAGGUGAUGGACGAGGACACGCUCUAUGAGCGCUCCCUCAAGACGGAGCCGCGGGUGUCGCCGGGCUAGCGACGUCUUGGCUUCACUCCCACGGCGGUGCCUUCGCUCGGCUGUUACGGGUCACCUGACAUAGAACCGCAACCGGAGCCAGAACCGGGGACGCUCUUACACGGCUUGGAUCAGGUUUGGGGGCGUUGCCUUAGCAACCGAUGUUACCGUGAAGAAAGACCGCGUUUCUGGAGGUUCUCGUAGAAAUGUUUGUUCUACGUUACUGAUCCACUCGGGUGGACCUGAACUUAAAUAGAAAGUUAGCUUGCAUGUACAAAAACAAACCAAUCAAUCAAUGUUUAUUUAUAUAGCCCGAAAUCACAAGUGUCUCAAAGGGCUGCACAAGCCACAACGACAUCCUCGGUUCAGAGCCCACAUCAGGGCAAGGAAAAACUCGCAACCCAGUGGGAUGUCAAUGUGAAUGACUAUGAAAAACCUUGGAGAGGACCGCAGUCCAUAGUGGAUCUAACAUAAUAGUGAGAGUCCAGUCCAUAGUGGAUCUAACAUAAUAUUGUGAAAGUCCAAUCCAUAAUGGAUCUAACAUAAUAGUGAGAGUCCAGUCCAUAGUGGGGCCAGCAGGAGACCAUCCCGAGCAGAGACGGGUCAGCAUGCAGAGAUGUCCCCAACCGAUGCACAGGCGAGCGGUCCACCCCGGGUCCCGACUCUGGACAGCCAGCACUUCAUCCAUGGCCACCGGACCUGAGCCCCCCCCCCUUCCACAAGGGGGAGGGGGGCAGAAAAGAAGAGAAACGGCAGAUCAACUGGUCUAAAAGGGGGUCUAUUUAAAGGCUAGAGUAUACAAAUGAGUUUUAAGAUGGGACUUAAAUGCUUCUACUGAGGUAGCAUCUCUAACUGUUACCGGGAGGGCAUUCCAGAGUACCGGAGCCCCAAUAGAAAACGCUCUAUAACAAAGCACUUCCUGUUUCCGGAGCUCGACGUGAUGUCACUUCCUGUCCGCAGUCCGCACUCUACAGCUGCACAGUGACCAUUAGCAACGAGCUAGUUGGUGAAAUUAUCAAAUAUUCGCACUUUUGUACACAAAGAUAAUACACUUAUUGAUACUUUCCAUUACUAUUACUAAUGCUAUUAUUAUUAGCUCCUGGAUCAGGUUCGGGGCGUUGCCUAGCAACCGAUGUUACCGUGAAGAAAGACCGCGUUUCUGGAGGUUCUCGUAGAAAUGUUUGUUCUACGCUACCAAUCCACUCAGGUGGACCUGAACUUAAACAGAAAGUUAGCUUGCGUGUACAAAAACAAAGCACUUCCUGUUUCCGGAGCUCGACGUGAUGUCACUUCCUGUCCGCAGUCCGCACUCUACAGCUGCACCGUGACCGUUAGCAACGAGCUAGUUAGUGAAAUUAUCAAAUAUUCGCACUUUUGUACACAAAGAUAAUACACUUAUUGAUACUUUCCAUUAGUAUUACUAAUGCUAUUAUUAUUAGCUCCUGGAUCAGGUUUGGGGCGUUGCGUAGCAACUGAUCUUACCGUGAAGAAAGACCGCGUUUCUGGAGGUUCUCGUAGAAAUGUUUGUUCUACGUUACCAAUCCACUUAACUUAGCAGUACCUGAAUGUUCUGGUUCUUUGGUCCAAGCUGUGGUUCCGCAUUUUUUAACAAGAUAAUACACUUAAAAUCCUAUUGAUAUUUUCCAUUAUUAUUAUUAUUAUUAUUAUUAUUAUUAUAAUUAGCUCCUGGCCAGUAUUGUUAACGUAGUUGGAGUGUGUCGUUAGCGGUAGCACCUUUGCACUGUAAAAGAAUGUCAACCUAAGCAGUUUAUUUAUAAUAUUUACUUUCCGCGUAUGUUUAAUGUUACAGUUUUUUCUUUUCCAUCAUUUUCACACCAAUAAAAAGUCAAAAAUGACACGCUGACUAACAUUGGGGUUCCUUCGUGUGUGUGUGUGUGUGUGUGUGUGUGCGUGUGUGUGUGUGUGUGUGUUUUCUGGCAAUGCUUACUUAAUGGGGACAUGGCUCUGUUUACACCAGGGGUGUCCAAAGUGCGGCCCGGAGGCCAUUUGCGGCCCGCAGCUAAUUGUUUAGCGGCCCGCCACACAUUCUGCAAAAAUUGCAAAAAUAAAAAAAAACAUUUAAAAAAGUGAAAUGAGGUGAAAUCUAACAAGAAAAAGUUGCAAUGUUGACACAAAGCUGCCAUGCAUUAGACAAAAAAAUCUAUGUUAUAAUGAAUUAUUGACCCAUUCAAGGCUCCAAUUACUUAAAAAAAUGUCACUUUAAAAUGUUUUAUGUGGAACAAAUAUUGCAUACAUUGUGUGGUUGCCAGAUAAAAACAUCAAAGAUUUCUUUGACAAAAGAGCAUAAAAACAAACAAAAUAAUAGUUCAAACGUCAAAUGGACAGAUAUAUCUGAAGUUGAUCUCGUAACUUAAGUGUUGAAAGUUAAAAAAAAACUAAUAAAAAUGUAUCACUUUAUGAGUGGGGCACCUUUUGGAUCCCAAAUAUAUUUAGUGGGAUUUUAUUAAUAUUUUAACUGAUUUCUCAAAAAUAUUAAAGAAUUAAAAUCAAUGGUGUCCUGCAUUGAUCUUUUAGAGCAGU